GAGGAGCGAGAGAGGUCGUUCAAUGCAUUCAGAGAUAAGGGCAUGUAACUCCCCAUUAACCACCUUAAAGGGACACUGAAGAUAGGAAAGCUUAAGCUGCAUUACAUAACAUGUGUGCAGAUCACCAGGCUAGCACACUAGCUCACUGUGGUGUCGUGGAUUUCAACGGCUUCUGCAGGGCCCAAGUUAACAGUUGACCAAUAAAGAUAGAUUCAUUGUAGGUUAAAGCAACAAGAGACUGAACAUUGCAAAUUGUAACAGCUUUUGCUGGGCCACAACAUGCCUAGUACGAAGAACUACUUCGAAAGCCAUGAUUUCACACACAAACAUAUCGGCAUGAAAUUUAUUGUAAGUGGACGAAUACCAAGUUUUUCUAAUAUGAAUUGAGCACAAAUACUACUAUGAAUAUCAAAUAGUUAACCGCAGAUGUAUGUGUGAACAGCAGGAAUAUUUAUGUCUCCAUACUUAGGUGCCACACCUCUAUUGACUACAUAAAAAAAAAAUCCCAGCAUGCUACCAGGGACAAAGAAUAAGUUUUAACACAAGGCUAUUAAUUGUCAUUAAAGACUGUAUGAAUAGCCUCUGAACAUCUUCAGAGCCUUUUGCAAACAAGCUUUCGAAUGAACCAUUGGUGUAUGCAAUAUCACUUAAAAAAUAUGGUAAAUAAUUGGUUGUCAGAAAAAAACUUAAAAAUGUAACUCGGCAAUGUAAAAGUUUAGGCUAGCUGGUGGGUCAUCCUUAAAUAUGCUUGGAGCACAAGGCUGUGGACGCAAGAAGAGAUUGGACACAGACAGCACUGCAAUGCAAGAACUUAAAAGUUGUGGUAGAAUAGAGGGGAAAAAAAAAAGCUGCUGUAGGACUUGUGUGCCGUAAACACAUGUAAACAGGAAUUUGACAUUCUUGCCACUCCAGUGAACAAUCCCAUCUGCUUACAGGGAAAUAGUACUCCAACCCAUGCAACAUAACAUAGCAAUGAAGUUGGAAAGUUCUUGGGUAGGAAAUUGCAAAAAUAAAGCAUCGUAAAAUUGAUUUUGGUUCCUCAUUUUGCUUUCAAGAGCCUGCGCACCAAGAGUCGGGCAGCAUUACAAAAUCUUUCCUACCCUUUCCUUCUUGAAAAAGAGUAUGUAUGUCACAUGUACAUUUCAGGGGCUAACAGCUGCGAUCUCGCUGCGCUCUUUUUUUUUUUUACAAUGCUUUAUUUGCGCUUGAAUUUCUUGAACAUGUCUCGAUUUUACACAAUUCGUAGCUACAGGAACAUGUCUGCCAAUCAGCUUCUACUUUGUUUUUAUAAGCUUUAUUGUCCACAUUUCCCACUAGGUGUCAAAUAAUGUGCUCAGAAGGACCUCUUAGGAAAGCUGCUCAGGUCUGCUAAACAUUUUUCUUGUACACAAAAGGACACGUGCAAUGCACUGAAUAUAAUGUGCCUUUGAUCCUAGAUUUUCUCGUGUCGGCAAAAGGAUGCGAACAGCACUUUCACACAGGCAAAUUUGUGCAGGAAUGUGUCUUGAGACACUCCGGACCUUGUGCAGAACGAAAGACCACCCAUUCCUCGUUACCUGCUACAUGGGAAUCGGGCAGGCAGUCCACAACUUGUUAAAGUGAGCAAGAAAGUCAAUUCUGUUUAUUAAUGAACUUCAAUGGCUUACAAUGAACUUUUAAAAAUUGCAUCCGUUUCAUUAACCCAUUGGCUUCCGCGGCCGGCGAUCCGCCGGCCGCACCGGCUGAGGCCAAAGUCACUUUGGCCGGCGAAUCGUCGGCUGCUCAGGGUAUGGUUUGUUUCGGGUUUCUUCGAUAGAUGGCAGCACAACACAACUUGUGUAGUGAUUGAUUCAUGUGUUUUCCACCAGAUGGACAUAGUUGUCCACAGUCUGAGGUCAGUUUUGUUGUUUUUGGAGACAAAAAGUUCGGACUCCCGUCUCUUUCCAAACAUGGCGUCGCUGAGAAAGCGCGCUUUGACGGCGGAAGAAAUUCUCAAUCUUGUGUUCGAGAGUGACGACGAGAGUGACAACUGCGAUGAAGAGGAUGUUGUGUCAGAUGACGAGAGUGACCGGAUUACGGAUAGUGACAGCGACGAUGAAGACAACUUGUGUUUAGCGCAAGAUCCGUGCGACUCUCGGCCACCAUCUCCGAAGGCGCGAAAGCUACAAGACUGGCAAUGGGGAGCAGCUGACACAGUGGAAAAGGUUGUGAAGAACACCUUUAGUGGUCAACCGGGCAUCAAACGAGCCAUCCAGCUACAAGUAGGUGCAAAUCCCAGUGCUCUGGCAAUGUUCAACGCUCUCCUCGGAGACGAAAUUUGGAGCACCAUCGCAUUACACACAAAUGCCUUUGCAUGCGAGAAACAGCGUUUGCAUCCCGAUCCCGGUUGGCAUGAAACAACACCGGAUGAAAUGAAAGCUUACUUCGCCAUGUGUGUUUUGAUGAGCCAAGUGAAAAAAAGCACCAUUCAAUCUUACUGGUCAACAAGAACUGUUAUAAGCACACCAUUUUUUGCUUCUGUGAUGUCAAGGCAGCGUUUUUGGGCACACUCAAAAUAUCUGCAUUUCUGCGACAACUCUCUCCCUCAAAGUGGAGAUAGACUGUGGAAGUUGCGCCCUGUGCUCGACCACGUACUGAAAUGCAUUGACACAGCCUAUGAUCCGGAAGAGUGUCUGGCAGUUGAUGAAAGCCUUAUGAAGUUUUGUGGUAGGCUCUCCUACGUCCAGUUUAACCCUUCGAAACGGGCAAGAUUCGGCCUUAAGUUCUAUAAACUGUGCGAGUCUUCAAGCGGCUACUGCCUGAAGUUUUCGAUUUACACAGGAAAAAGUGAGAAGACUCCAGUUACCGCUGCAUUGUUGUGCAGUGAGGCAGUUGUAAUCGACCUUCUUGAAAAACGUCUGCCCGAUGGCCACACAGUGUUUAUGGACAACUGGUAUUCUUCGCCAUUGCUGUUUCGUCACCUAAAAGAAGCUGGUUCAAAUGCUGUCGGCACAGUCCGCCUUCACCGAAAGAACAUGCCGAAGGAUUUCAAGGCGAAGCUGCAAAAAGGCGAAUGCAAGUCCCUCUUUGCGCGAGGCAUCAUGGCCCUCACUUGGCAAGAUAAAAAGCAGGUCACAAUGCUGUCAACAUGCCACAGUUCAACUGGUCUCACUGAUACCGGAAAAAAGGGUCGCAAGAAUGGCUUGCCAGUUCUGAAGCCGCAGGUUGUAAUCGAUUACAACCGAGGCAUGGGUGGAGUGGAUCGCGAGGACCAACAACUCGCUUCCUUUCCAAUUAUGCGAAGAUACGCCAAAGGCUACAAGAAAAUCUUCUUUUAUAUUAUGGACAUCGCUGUUUAUAACAGCUACGUUUUAGCUGCCAAAGCAUCAGGCAAGCGGCUCCACUACACAGACUGGAAAGUGAACCUCGCAGAGGAGAUUCUCGAAGCGGCCGUUUUGCCCCAGUACCAUGGUAGACGUAAGCCGCCUGUCGCGGCUACACCAAUGCGGCUGCAGGCUUCCGAGUGGGCUCAUUUUCCUCGCAAUAUCCCACCAAACAAAAUCAAGCAGAAUCCGUCGAGGCUAUGCUUAGUCUGCAAGACACACGGGAAAAAGUCGGAGAGCCGAUGGGAAUGUGAAAAAUGUGAAGUUGCACUUCACAUGCCUGUAUGCUUCAAAGCUUUUCAUUCACGCAAAUCAUAUUAGGCGGUAUGAUGCAGCGAUCCCUUCCGAAUAGAAUAAAGUAAAUUUUGUUUCUCUACGAGGUGUACAGCGGAGUUUAUCGCUUUUUUUCAAGACCGGCUCGCGCACCCAACGCGCGUCGCUUUUUCCGCGUGGAAUACCAGGCAGGAAACGCGGCGGAGGGCGCGGAAGCCAAUGGGUUAAAGACACCCAUCACCAGGUUUGCACACUAAAGGAAACACAUAACAUAGAUUACAUGAAAACAAUCAGGCCUGCAAAAUAUUGCACCCAUGUAUACAAAAAAAUGUACAAGGACACCUAAGCACUUCUUAUGAGUUGCAAAUGCGAAAGGGACCGAGGAAGCCGCAGCGGCCACUAAGUGGGAGAGAGAGAGAGAUGCGGGCUGCGUGCCAGCUUCCGAGACCGAGAUGGCCACAGCCGCAUGCACGCGUCAUGACUGCCUUGCCAAGGACAAACCAUCUCAAAUCCAUCAAAGUGCACUUGUGACGCAGUCUCGUGGC